GUACUUCCGGCCGCCAGGCGCGCACGCGUACUCUCUAGCGGGUCUGGUUUGACAGCUUAGACUGAGGUAAGGAGGGAGCAGGUGUCGCGAGAGUUGGCAGCGCGCCACCUCGUGGGGACCAUCACUAUGGCGAGUCAUGGGAGCGAGUCCGAGCGGGAGCCGCUUUUGGGCCACAGAACACCGGGAAGCAGAGAAUGGGAUGUGAUAGAAACUCAAGAGCACUAUAAAAGCCGAUGGAGGUCUAUUAGGAUUCUCUAUCUUACUAUGUUCCUCAGCAGUGUUGGAUUUUCUAUUGUAAUAAUGUCUAUAUGGCCAUACCUCCAAAAGAUUGAUCAGACAGCCGAUGCAAGUUUUUUGGGCUGGGUUGUUGCUUCAUUUAGUCUUGGCCAAAUGGUAGCUUCACCUAUAUUUGGUUUAUGGUCUAAUUAUAGGCCAAGAAAAGAACCUCUUACCGCCUCCAUCUUUAUUUCGGUGGCAGCCAACUGCCUAUAUGCAUAUGUCCACAUGCCAGCAGCUCACAAUAAAUACUACAUGUUGAUUGCUCGUGGAUUGGUGGGAUUUGGAGCAGGAAAUGUGGCAGUUGUUCGAUCAUAUAUUGCUGGUGCUACUUCUCUUCAGGAAAGAACAAGUGCCAUGGCAAACACAAGCACGUGCCAAGCUCUGGGCUUUAUUCUAGGUCCAGUUUUUCAGACUUGUUUUGCACUCAUUGGAGAAAAGGGUGUUACAUGGGACACCAUUAAGCUACAGAUCAACAUGUACACAGCACCGGUUUUACUUGGCGCCUUCCUAGGAAUUCUAAAUAUUAUUCUAAUCCUUUUCAUAUUAAGAGAACAUCGUGUGGAUGACUUAGGACGACAGUGUAAAAGUGUUAAUUUUGAAGAAGAAAAUGCAGAUGGCAGUCAGAUUUCUGAAGGAAGUAUUGAUCAAGUUGCUGUUGUGGCUACCAAUAUUCUGUUUUUUGUGGUUCUUUUUAUCUUUGCCCUUUUUGAAACAAUCCUCACUCCUCUCACAAUGGACAUGUAUGCCUGGACUCAGCAACAGGCUGUGCUCUAUGAUGGGAUCAUCCUCGCUGCGCUUGGAGUGGAAGCAGUGGUUCUUUUUAUGGGGGUUAAAUUACUGUCCAAAAAGAUCAGCGAGCGUGCUAUUCUACUGGGAGGACUCAUCAUUGUAGGGGUUGGCUUCUUCAUCUUAUUACCGUGGGGAAAUCAGUUCCCCAAAGUACAGUGGGAAGAUCUACAUAAUAGCUCAAUCCCUAAUACCACAUUUGGGGAAAUUAUUACUGAGCUUUGGAAUUCUCCAAGAGAAGAUCACAAUGAACAACCAAUCGGCUGCCCUAGUGAACAAGCCUGGUGCCUGUACACCCCAGUGAUCCAUCUGGCCCAGUUCCUCACAGCUGCUGUGCUAAUUGGAAUAGGCUAUCCAGUCUGCAAUGUCAUGUCUUAUACAUUAUAUUCAAAAAUUCUAGGACCCAAACCUCAGGGUAUGUACAUGGGCUGGUUAACAGCUUCUGGAAGUGGAGCGCGGAUUCUUGGGCCUGUGUUCAUCAGCCAUGUGUAUACUUACUUGGGACCACGAUGGGCAUUCAGCCUCAUUUGUGGAAUUGUAGCUCUCACCAUCAUGCUCUUGGGGCUGGUUUACAAAAGACUCAUUGCAUUUUCUGUAAGGUAUGGGAGGAUUCAGGAGUAAGCUAGCAAAGACUGUAGGGAAAAAUAUCAUUCUUCCAUUUCCUAGACUUUAAGUUUCUACUGGAUGCUUGCUAUAAACUAUCUCCAAAAAUCAGUCUGCAAACAAUGCACAUUUUGAGUAACAAAAACACAUUGAAUAAUCUAACUACGAAUGGUAGGAUAUAUAAAAAACAUUAUGGGUCAUGAUUCCCUUAUCUCAAAAAUGAAAUGUAUUUCUUAUACCUUUUUUGGAAUUUCAUGAACUAAAGUGAAUAGAUGGGUAAUGGUCUCUACAUGUGAAAUUGUAUUUUUAUCAGUUUUUAUAUAUAAAAUGCACUUUCUGUUAUUAAGCUUCCUUGUGAAACAAAAAUGAGCCUUAAAGUUUCCAUUUGGCUUGCUGACCACCAGAGCAGGCAUUUUUCUUUCUUUUCCACCAGUAUGACCUCAUUACCUCACUCUUAUUCUCAUGCUACACCUGUCCUAUUGUAGUUUUUAAUCUCACUGAUUCUAAAUUAACUUAUGGGCAAGAAUGAUGCUAAUAGUUGAGCAAUAGAAAAUUAAGAGAGCAAGACGGCAUUACCCUCAGAAGGGCUAACUACUUUUUUUUCAAGUGCUAGUAAAUUCACUUUAGAAACAUAAGCCAAAUGUGGUUUUGUAUACUGUACUAAACAAUAAAUCGAUUGUUAAAAUUGCUAUUUUCCAACUUCCAAAAACUCCAGUGAAAACUUUCCUUUUACUAUCCCAGCUCUCAGUAAUGACAGAGAGGAACACAGCUGUUUCUCAUCUGUCUGCAGAGCCAUCCACAGCAGCAGCAUUAUUUGGACUUUGACUUUGGAUGAUGUAAUGGUCCCAGUCUAGUCAGGCUAGUACUGAGGCAAAAUGGCUAGGAUCUUACUGAAUUUACCUGAAGGUAAUUAAUACAAACUAUGCAUACAUUUCUACCUCUGUGUAAGCUGAAUACUGGUAUGCACAAGCAAAUCAUUAUUAUAAAAGAAUGCAGAAAUAUUUUUCCAUUUUGUUAUGCUUUCAAAUCUGAGAAAAAACACUAUAGAGUGCACUGUAUAUUGUUUGCUGUGCUCUGCAGUCCAAGUCUUCAACUCUAAUAGUGGGCUUAAUCCAAUGGCAUCAUUCUAGUCAAGCCAUUUUACUCCUCCCCACCUCCCAUAGCACAGCUUUGCUUCAGUAGGUUUAUCAGAACCGCAUGCAGGUUUCUGUUUGGUGAGGUCCUAGGAUCAUCUGUACUUCCUCUUCCAUCUUUUGGAUCACUUCUGACCUUAAACUCCACCCUUGGUUUGGUUAAUAUGCAUAAAUAACAGUGAUGGUAAUGAUUAAAAUAAGAACAAGUAAUUAUGGAGUUCUUUCCAAGUUCUUGUAAUGCAUGAUACAGUUUUUCACAGCAGUCUCACAGGGUGAAGAUAACCAUUCUGAUUCUUGUUUUACAGAUAAACAAAUAGUCUUCAGAGGCUAGUGCUUAACUACUGGUUUUCAUAAUAGGGAAAACAGCCCAGAAAAUUGCAGUAUCAGUUGCUUCCUAUGAGGAACUGGCUGCACAAGUAACAUAGGAAGCUUCCCAGUUCCUAGGGUAUAAUACAAUUCAGAUAAACCAUAACCUUAGAAGUAGUUGCACCUUCCUUGUUACUGUAGGUACCUGUUUUAUGGGGAAUGUACAUUUUUGCCACCAAAGGGGAGGGGGGUUUGGGGAAAGGGUGAGGAAGUAAAAUUAGCACAGUUGUAAGUCAGAAGUACAACAAAUGAUUAAAAAUUGAAAUAGAUGAAGACUUCCAAGGUAUGAAAACUGUUAUACAUCUAUUCAAGAAUAUUUGUGAAAGCCUAGAGAAGGGUUAUUUUGUCACUUGAUAAAGCAUCUCUGUCAUGGUAAGCUUCCCUAUAUUUACACUUCCAGCUCUUAUUUUUUUCCUUGUAUAAAAUGAAAUAAACUUGUAAACUUAAUGAAGAUAAACUACUUUCAACAUCUGUUUAAGACUAACGAAAGAGGAAAUCUAGAUAACGUUUACUAUUGAAGAUUUAUUUGUGAUUUUGUAUGUACCUUAUUGUGAAUGUUAAUUUCAAAUAAAACAAGAUUGCAUAUCAUACUUUCAA